UCAGCUCUCUGUAUAUACGCCGUCCGUGUCUGGCCAUCCUAUAUCACUCAAUGUGGUGCACCCAUCGUAUGCGCAUCUCUGACAUCUCUCUCAUUCUGCCAAAGCUGGUGAACGCACUAAUUCUCUGUGGGUUUUGAAGGAGAUGCUUCAGGGCCUGGUGAUGUGACAAUUCGAUUUGAAUGUUUCAGCAUUGGAUGCUUUUUGGCAAUUUUGGAUUCUGGAGCGUGAAGAACAGGAGUAGAUGAUGACACUUUCCUCAACAGGGUCUUCAAGUUUCCGGUCUUUGAUCAUUGCAACAGGGGGUUUAAAGCAAUAUAUAGAGAUUUUUAUUUGAUGGAAUCCAGUAGUUUGCCUGGUGGAAUGUUUUCUAGUAUGGGUACUGGUAUGCUAGGCCUAGAAAUGCCUCUACAGCAACCGCAACAACAGCAAAACCCUCAAAAUCCUCACCACAUACACCACCACCAACAGCACCCCCAAAUGGUUGCUUUUGCCCACCCCGAUCCUGAUCACCACUCACAAUCUCAGCAGCCUGUGAAACAUGGAUACCCAUAUGUCACUAAAGCCAAACAACAGCUAACACUGAGCGAUGAGGAUGAGCCUGGACUCACGGGUGACGACAGCACUGCCGACGGGAAAAGAAAGGUGUCUCCUUGGCAUAGAAUGAAAUGGACUGAUAAUAUGGUGAGGUUGUUGAUAAUGGCAGUUUUUUAUAUUGGCGAUGAAGGUGGGUCCGAGGGGAGUGACCCCUCCGCCAAGAAGAAGACCGGUGGAUUGUUGCAGAAGAAAGGGAAAUGGAAAUCGGUGUCAAGAGCUAUGAUGGAGAAGGGGUUUUACGUGUCUCCGCAGCAGUGUGAAGACAAGUUCAAUGAUCUGAACAAGAGGUAUAAGAGGGUUAAUGAUAUACUGGGUAAGGGGACGGCGUGCCGGGUUGUGGAGAAUCAGAGUUUACUCGACACGAUGGACCAGCUAUCGCCCAAAAUGAAGGACGAAGUUCGAAAAUUACUCAAUUCGAAGCACCUAUUUUUCAGGGAAAUGUGUGCUUAUCACAAUAGCUGCGGUGGUGGUGGGACUUCUGGUGCCCAUCCCUCACCACCGGAUACAGCGGUGGAGCCCCCUCAGAACCAGCAGCAACAGCAACAGCAUCAGCAUCAGCAUCAGCAUCAGCAUCAGCAGCGGUGUUUGCAUUCCUCAACCGAAAUUGCCACAAUAGGGCCUAAUGCGAGUAGAGCAGAGACGGAGGCAUCGAAGAUGGUGAAAAUGGGGAGCGGGGAAGAAGAUGAAGAUGACGACGACGACUAUGAAGAUGGAGACGAUGAUGAUGAUGAAGAUGAGGUUGUAGAAGGGGGUGUAAGGAGUCAAAAUGAGCAUGGGCAUGAAGAUGACGAUGACAAUGAGGGAGGAUAUUCAAGAAAAAGGGCGAGAAAGGGGCUGUUCCCAUCGCCAUCGCCAUCACCAUUGAUGAGGCAAUUGAGCAGUGAGGUGAUGAGCGUGCUGCAAGAUGGAACAAAGAGCACAUUGGAGAAGAAGCAAUGGAUGAGGAGCCGGAUGAUGCAAUUGGAGGAGCAGAGGGUGAGCUACCAAUGCAAAGCGUUUGAGCUGGAAAAGCAGCGGUUGAAGUGGGUGAAAUUCAGCAGCAAGAAGGAGAGGGAAAUGGAAAGGGAGAAGCUGGUGAACCAGCGAAAGAGGCUGGAAAACGAGAGAAUGGCACUUCUACUUAGGCAGAAAGAGGUGGAGUUGCUUGAGAUUCAUCAUCAACAACAGCAACAACAGCACUCUUCCAACAAGAGGGGUGAAAUAUCCUCUUUUGCUGGAUGAAUUGUAUAUAGGAGCGGGUGAAAUACAUAGCAUGGUGGGUGGUUUUGUAGUUUUCUCUUACUCCAAAAUUUUGUUUAUGAUUUUGGUGCUAGAGUAUGUAUCCAUCCAAUCUAGUUCAUUCUCCUCUUCUGGGUUGUUUUGGUGAAGCAUUAAACAUAACCAUUUGCAGGAAGCAUUCAUGCCAAAUCUUGGGCGAA